AGGUUGCAAAUUUAUAAAAUAGUAGUGCUUAUAAAACCUCAACUUCCCAUGGCUAAUUAAAUUCAUCACAAACUCUUGUUCAUUUAUCAAAUAUCAUAAUCAUGAACCAAAAAGUAUGCAUAGCCAUGAUUCCUUGUCCAGGAAUAAGCCACUUAAUCCCUCUUAUAGAAUUUGCAAAACAACUUGUUCUUCAUCACAAAAACUUCCAUGUAACCUUCCUCAUUCCAACCCUUGGUUCUCCCACACCUUCAACCAAAUCCAUCCUAAACUCUCUUCCACCAAACAUUGACUACACAUUCCUCCCUCAAAUCAACAUCCAAGAUCUCCCUCCCAACAUCCACAUAGCAACACAAAUGAAACUAACUGUUAAACACUCUCUACCUCAUUUGGACCAAGCAGUUAGUACAAUGUUAACUUCUCCAAAACCAAAAAACAACCUUGUUGCUUUGGUCUUUGAUGUUUUCUCAAGUGAUGUUAUUCAUAUAGCCAAAAAGUUCAAUCUCAUGACUUAUUUCUUUGCAGCUUCUUCAGUUAUAGCAAUCCAAGUUUGUCUUACUCUUCCAAAGCUGGAUGAAUCUGUGUCCUCUGAGUUCUUGGACACAACACAAACAUUAGACAUUCCAAACUCUAAUGUUUCUUUUAAGGUAAAAGAUCUUCCUGACCCGGUUCUUUUCGGAAAAUCUAGUGAAACAUACAAAGCCUUUCUACUUUUAUGUAGAAGACUCUCUUUAGCUGAUGGUGUCAUUGUCAAUAGCUUCACAGAUUUGGAACCUGAUAUAGUAAAAUCCACUCAAGAUUCUGUGUCUGUUUACCCUAUUGGACCCAUCAUUCAAAGAGAGUCAAAGAGUAAAGAAAAUGGGUUAAAGUGUAUAAGAUGGUUGAACAAUAAGCCUUCAAAAUCAGUUUUGUUCAUCUCAUUUGGGAGUGGUGGAACACUCACUGUUGAACAAAUCAAUGAGAUAGCCUUUGGAUUAGAAUUAAGUGGUUGUAAUUUUCUUUGGAUUGUUAGGGUUCCAAAUAAGCUUUCAUGUUCAGCUUAUUUCAAGGGACAAAAUGGUAAUUCUAAUUCUAAUUCUAAUUCAAACUCAAAAUCUGAUUUUGAUGAUGACCCAUUAAAUUAUUUGCCAUUGGGUUUCUUGGAAAGGACUAAAGAUCAAGGCUUGGUGGUCCCAUCAUGGGCCCCACAAGUUGAGAUUCUGAGUCAUGGUUCAACUGGUGGGUUUUUGAGUCAUUGUGGAUGGAGUUCAUGUUUGGAGGGAUUGGUUUAUGGUGUGCCUAUGAUUGCAUGGCCACUAUAUGCUGAGCAGAGAAUGAAUGCAGCAACAUUGAGUGAUGUUUUCAAGGUGGCUGUUAGGCCAAGGAUUGAUGAACAAGAUGGGGUGAUAAAAGGGGAGGAAGUAGCAAGAGUUAUAAAGAUUAUAAUGGAUGGUGAAGGGUUGAAAUUGAGGAGGAGAAUUGAAGAGGUGAGAGAUGGGGCUGAGGCUGCUUUGAGGGAAGAUGGUUCUUCUAGGAUGGCACUUUCAAGGUUAGUGAGCAAAUGGGAGGAAAAAGCAAGUCAGAAAAUUGAAGUUGUUUCCACUAAUGGAAUAUAGCUUAGUUUUGCUAUAUUUAAAUUUUUUAUUAUAAUAAUUAUUCAGUUUUAUUUUUGCUUAA